UAUGACAUUAGGCUAUGACGUUGCGCACGACUUCAUAGACCACAUAAACGCUCGUGUCUUUCUCUAUAUAUGUUCAUGUUCCUUCGCUCAUUUGCCAUUGAGCAGAUAUCCAACCACAAUGUUGGACACGAAUGGCGGGCUACCCACGAUGGAUGAAUUGAGCUUGUUUAUGAACGACUCACCGCUGUCCAUAUCCUCGACUUUCGGUCCGAAAGAUAGUCGUUCUCCAAUCAACAUGAUCCUUCUUUCCAGCGACUUGAUUGUUUUCUACGUGAACGAGUCCACCCUUCUUAAAGCCUCUACUAACUCUUUCAACAAUAUGCUUCCGCGCGAGACAAAGGGAAAAUUCGAGCGACUACUCUUCCUUUCGGACACUACUUCCUCCGAACUCGAUCUCAUUCUUCGAGCGAUCUACAAUAUCUCCAGUGACGUUGCACCCCCUGCCAAUACCGAUGUUCGUAACGUUACAGGCGUCAUCGACAAAUUCCCCUCAUUUGGGAUUCAGCCUAGGAAGUGCAUCACGUCCAAGUCCCGCUUGUUCCAGUACCUAUUAUCCUGCGCACCAAUAUAUCCCCUGCACAUCUACGCUUUAGCGGCUCAUCAUGACAUGGAUGAUCUAGCAGUAGCCGUCUCAAGUCAUACUCUCGUUCGCGACCUUUCAGAAAUCACUGACGAUCUCGCCAACCGAAUGGGUUCGAGGUACUUGAUGCGUUUAUUCCAGCUCCAUCUGACACGAACCCAAACCCUGAAGAAUCUGUUGGCAACUCAGCUUGGAUUGCACACUCCAACCGCCCGAUGUGGGUUCGACGGGCAAAGGCUACUGAAGCAGAAGUGGAUCCUCGCUGUGGCUGCGCUGUUGUACGCAGUCAAACCCGGUGGGCUUAACCUAGGACUAUCAACCCUUGUUCUCUAAUGCAAGAGCGUUUUUUCCCCCCACUGAAGAUACAACGACGGCAAUCAUCAGAGAUACCAUAGUCGCGCACACAUCCGACCUUGGAUGUCCGGAUUGCCUGAAAGUUCGGGACGAACGUCUCGAUUCGAUACUCCGUUAUUGGGCUGCGGCUAGCCGCACAAUAUGAUUAUGAUUCCUCUCGUUCUAAUUCUUGUGCUUGUAACCGUUGUCGAUUCUGUCAUGUAAUCCUUGACGCGAUCCUCCAUCUCCAAUCCUGUAGGUAAUGAACAUGAAACACAAACUCACCACACUAAACAGCAAUCAUAAUAAUUUGCAAA